CUGUUUGUCUGUCUACCACUUUCAAAAUUUGUAAAACUUCGACUUGCCGGUAUUUACGCAUUUUAUAGUAUUAUAAAGCAUUUCUUUUCUAGUACUAAGCAAAAUGAGUCUUUCAAUUGAAAACGAAAUGGUGAAGAAGUGUUUUAAGUGUGAACAUGUGUUAUAUGACAACUUAAAAAUUGUUUACAACUCGAACACCUUCAUGAUCGUUUUGUGGAAUAAAUUCCAAAUUUUUGUGUACGAAGAUCGUAACUUGCAGAAUGCGGCUAAAAUACUCAUACCAGAAUUCCAAAUACAUCAAUUAUUACUAUCUGACAACUAUAUUUUGUGCUUGGACAGCAGUUUCAAUAUUCACACUAUAUCGCUAAAAUUUAAAAAUCCUGCCCAAAAACGAUUGAGAAGCAGUUUCCUACCUAGGGAACAAAAUGUCAUGGCCUGUUCCCUCGCCGAUCAUCAUGCUUUAAGUAUCAAAUACGAAGGUGAAAGUCUAUUUUUGUGUCUUCAUAAAAUAAAUGCUGAAUUUCUAUUAGAGAAAAAAGUUCUGCUGAAAUAUGACAAUCCAUGGAUAUUGCCAGUACCAGCACUGGGCAAAUGUAUGUUGAUUGCUCAUCAGAUCAAUGACAAUAGUUACAGCCAAAUAAAGAUGACAUACAAAGCAAACAAUAUGCCUAACAGUUGUAGCAUAGUUUUCAUGUCUUUUGAUAAGUUGACAAUAUUUAGCUGUUUGUUUAGCCCUAAAAUGGGUGAUGAUGAAAUUUUUUUGAUCAAACUUCACACUUGUCCCACAGAAAUAUGUGGAAUAGAAAUCAUUGAUGAUCUGAUAAUCUUAGUCUGCCUUACAUCCGGAUCAAUACUGCAAUUUUUUCUAAAAGAUGUCUUAAAAGAACCUAAUAUAAUACAUUUGAAUAUUGCUAUAGAUAAAUACAUUAUACUUAAAGAAUACCUUUUAUACACAGAUGGUAUGACAAUGUGGAAGUCAAAUGAAUUUCUAACAGACGAUAUCACAUUCCGACAAUUUAUUAUUAAGCAAGUGAAAGAUUUUGUUAAGUGUGGAGAUCAACUAAUUUGCACUACUUAUUCAAACUUAAUUUAUAUAAUACCCAUAGAUGAUAACACUUCAUAUUACAAAGCACUACCGACAGAGGAAUAUUGUAAAGCUGAAGAACUUUUAAAUAAUGCAGAAUAUUUGUACAGGAUUUUAGAAGAAAUAGAACAGAAUAAAGAUAUGGUGAAGAAAGUGAAAGAAGAAGGGAAUUAUAUUAGUGUUUUAGCGUUGUCUAAUAGACAAGACAUAAUGGAUACCAUAAUACAGCAACAUAUACUUGUUUAUGAAAGUUAUGAAGAUGUUUUAAAAGAACAUACUGAAUUGUUGUUAACAGAUAAGAUGAAUGAUUAUUUCGAGAAGGACUCUGUGCUAUUUGUAAUAAAAAUCUCAACAAAAAUACUACAACAAAUGUUCAGCAAUAUUUUAGCAAACUUAUUCAAUGAUUUGCAAAUACAUUUAUCUUUUUUCUCAAAUUCUAAAUUACUCAAAACCACUAGUUUGAAACUCAAAGAGUCACUAAAGAAAAUCAGUCUGCUGACAUCAUUGAAAAUAAAAAAUGCAGAAAUAUCUGAAAUUAAUGUAAUAAUUAAACUAAUUUCCAGUAUACCUGGUUCUCAUGACCGUAAACAGUCUUUGUGGAGUUGCUUAUAUGAGAAACAUAUCACUUUAAAAUCUGAACACUUUAUCAAGACUGAUGCACCAACUGCCCACAACACAAAUUUGAAUGACCCAGAAGAUUCCAUUGAAAACUUAAUUUACAAACUUGAAAAUAAUUAUCAUAGGCAAUUAUUCAGAUUUGUAGACAUAUCGAGGCAUAGUGUUGAAAGUAGCGAUUGGUCAAUGUAUCUUAAACUACCCGCAAACUAUAAAGACUUAUUGAUGGCUAAUGACAGAUUGAAUGAUGCUAGAGAGAGUUUAAAUGCCAAAACGGCUGAUUUCCUAAUAAAACAAUAUACAUCAAAGGACUUCUUAGAGUCUAAAAUUGAUAUUUUACUACAAAUAGGGAAAGGAAAAGUUAAAGUACAAAUUAUUGAUGAUUUUUCAGCUCCAUUAUUGCAAGUGUCUAGUCAGAAUAUUAUUGCAGCUUACAAUAUUAGGAAUUUCUUUUCAAAAUUAAUCUAUAAUGAUUUUAAAAGCCAAGAAGGCGUGACUAGUGAAUUUGUUAAAUACACGCUAUACAAUGUCACAGAGAACUUGCAAAAGGAGAUAAAAGCGUGCCUAUCCGACCGUCCAUCCUUGGAAGAAUUCAAAAUGAUUGCAGAGCAUUUUGAGAGAAGUGUAAUUGGUUCUUUGCCUUUGUGAAGAGAUCGUAAGAAAUAAUGAUAAGAAAAUAACUGCUUUUUGUCGUUUUGUAUGGGGCCAAGCCCUAUUUUAAGAUAAUCAAAAACUGUGAUCAAUAUUGUUUUUCUGUUUUUUUAUUUAUUAUUUUGGGUUUAUAGCUAAUGAAAUUAAAAUCAUAAUGCACAUGAAAA